AUGUCUUUUAUCCCAUUCGUUCCAAUGCUUUACCGUAACGUGUGGGAUGACACACUGAAUGCUCCUGUGAAUACUUCCCAUCUGCCGGAUCAACAUUUUGGACAUGUAGUGGCCACCGAAGACCUGGCGCAUGCUUUAAACACGCUCCACGCCCGAACGAGACACGGCUACAGGCGACCGUGGAAUCUUCCGAGCAGUGCAUCCCGUCAGGACGCCGGAUCCACAGUCCAGACUCUCGACGACAGGUUCGAAAUCAAUCUGGAUGUUCAGCAGUUUACACCGGAGGAAAUAUCGGUUCAGGCCACCGACCAGUACAUCACCAUCGAAGCCAAGCACGAAGAGAAGCAGGACGAACACGGUCACAUCUCCCGGCACUUUGUUCGACGGUACGUACUUCCCUCGGGGUACGACUCGGAUCAGAUAGUGUCGUCACUGUCGUCGAAUGGAAUUCUGACAAUCACGGCUCCGAAGCUUGCAUUUCCCGAUCCUGGAGCUCUUCGGGCGAUAUCGAUUGUUCAUACUGGUCAGCCCAUGGGUAAAUUGACUGACACGAAUGGAAUGAGAAAUGGAAAUGGUGUGGAUAACUAA